AUGCUGAUGCUGCAGGAUCCGGCGGGCGCCAGGACGCCGAUGGAGCCGGCGGACACCGGGACGCCGAUGGAGCCGGCGGGCGCCGGGAUGCCGAUGGAGCCGGUGGGCGCCGGGGCGCCGGCGGAGGGAGCGGACACCGGUACGCCGGCGGGAGCAGCGGGCGCCGGGACGUCGGCGGAGGCGGCGGCGACCGGCGGCCCGUCGGAGACGCUCGUGCCAGAAGCUUCGGUGGCGGAGGCCGGAUCGGCAGUGUCAGAGCGGCGACCGGCGGCGACGUCCGACGAGCAGGGUUCAUCGACGGCUUCACCAGCGGCGGCGUCGGACGGCCCGUCGGCGAUGAUCGCGCCGAUGGCCGCGGUGACGGCGGCCGCGCCGGCAGUGCCAGCGACCUCAUCGGAGGGAGUAUCAGUGGCGUUGACCUCAGUGGAGGUCGUGUCGGUGCCGGUGACAGCGGAGGUGACCUCAGUGGUGCACUCGGUGACGGCGGCAACGGCGGCGUCAGCCACGCCGAUAACCUCGGCGACGGUCGUGCCGGUUAUCCCAGCGGAGGCGACGGUCAGCACAGACUAG